UUAGUUGUGUUCCUGAAACAUUUCCAAUGGGUAGACCAGGUUUUAGUCCGCGUGGUGGCCGCGGAGGAGGUGGAAGAGGUGGCGGCGGACGAGGUGGUUUCCGUGGGGGUGGUGGUAGAGGUGGAGGAUUUGGAAGAGGUGGAGGAGGCGGCAGAGGUGGAAGAGGUGGAGGCUUUGGUGGUCGUGGAGGAGGCAGAGGCGGAGGCAGAGGAGGUGGCCGCGGAGGAUUUAAAGGUGGAGCCAAAGUAACAAUUGAGCCACACAGACAUGAAGGAGUAUUUAUUGCUCGUGGAAAGGAAGAUGCACUGGUCACAAAGAACAUAGUCCCUGGAGAAACAGUAUAUGGAGAGAAAAAAAUAUCAGUGGAUGCACCAGAUGUUGGUGCUGGUGCCGAAAAAGUUGAAUACAGGGUGUGGAACCCAUUUCGCUCCAAGCUUGCAGCAGCCAUUCUUGGUGGAAUCGACAAGAUACAUAUGGCACCUGGAUCUAAGGUGUUAUACCUUGGAGCUGCGUCAGGAACAACUGUGUCUCAUGUUUCUGAUAUUGUUGGUCCAGAUGGUCUUGUGUAUGCAGUUGAAUUUUCUCACAGAUCUGGCCGUGAUCUCAUAAAUGUAGCGAAAAAAAGAACAAAUGUCAUUCCAAUUAUAGAAGAUGCCAGACAUCCACAUAAAUACAGAAUGCUUGUUGGAAUGGUAGAUACUAUUUUUGCUGAUGUGGCUCAACCAGACCAAGCCCGUAUUGUUGCUAUUAAUGCUCAUAACUUCCUAAAAAAUGGAGGACAUUUUGUCAUUUCUAUAAAGGCAAACUGCAUCGAUUCAACAGCAGAACCUGCUGCAGUAUUUGCAGGAGAAGUGAAGAAGAUGCAAGCAGAGAAAAUGAAACCCCAGGAACAGUUGACACUGGAACCGUACGAGAGAGAUCAUGCUGUAGUUGUUGGAAUUUACAGACCACCUCCAAAGAAGGACAAGCAGUAGAAUAGAUUUCAGUUUCUAGGAUUUUAUUGUAACUUAUGUCACAUUUUGAAAUAAAAAAAUCAGUAAUUUCUAUAUAAUUUUAACAUUCCAAAGAGCUUUUGUCUAAAAAUCUUUACCGCUGCCUAUACUUUUUAAGGUUGCAUCAGUCCUUCUCUCUGUCGGAGUCAAUUUUUACUGUAAUAACAACCAUAUUGAUGGGAGUUAACUUGGCUACUAGGAUAUUUCCUGGUAUUUGGAAGUAACCUAUGUUUAUUUUGAUUUCCAAACCUGCAAGGAAGCCUAAAAAAGUGAAUUUCAAUAUAAUUUAUUUUGAAAACGCUUCACAAAGUUGUAUGGGGAUGACUGAUCAUGUUUUGAUAAAUGUACAUGUAUAUAUCAACGUUGAUUUGUUCCUGCGCUCUGAAAUAAAGUUGUGUCUAC